UGAAACGACGCCGGUUCCUUGACACACCCGAAACUAACAGCAAGAAAGCAAAACUACUUAAACAGAAGAGAAGAUCACAAAAUCAAAAUCCAUCAGAUCCCAAAAAUGGAAGAUCUUUGGAAGCGAGCAAAAUCCUUCGCGGAGGAAGCGGCGAAAAAAUCGCAAACCCUGACAACGCCAAACAAAAUCGCCGAUCUAGUCGCCGAAACUGCCAAGAAGUCCAAGGAGCUUGCUCUAGAAGCCACCAAGAAAGCCGAUGAGCUCAAAACCGCCGCUCUCAAACAAGCUGAUCAAAUCCAAAUCCAAACCCUCUCCAAGUCCAUUUCCGAUAUCAUCCCUCCGCAACUCUCCUCCCUCUCCAUUACCUCCUCCGCCUCCACUUCCUCCGAUCCUCAACAAAUCUCCGAUUCGGAGCUCCGGAAGUUUGGUCUCACCGAUGAUUUGAGAGACUUUGUCAGAGGUUUUACUUCUAGUACUUUCCAGAACUUCCCUUUCCCUAUCCAAGAUGAACCGGAGCCGUCCGAUGCGACGACUACAUUGUCAAAUGUACGGAAUGAUCUGAGUGAAUGGCAAGAGAGGCAUGCCACGCUUGUUCUUACCACUGUUAAGGAAAUCAAGAAAUUAAGAUAUGAACUGUGUCCGCGAGUGAUGAAAGAAAGAAAAUUUUGGAGGAUAUAUUUCACUCUUGUUAGCACUCAUGUUGGCCCUUAUGAAAAGCAGUACACGGAAGAAAUUAAACAGAGAGUGGAGGAGGGGGCAAAAGAGGAUAAAUCGAAUCAAACACCUGUUGUUAAGACAGUGGAGUCAGAAACUAGUCUGAAAAGUAAAACUUCGAGUGCAUCUGCCGAGCAAGAUUUGGAUACAUUUUUGUUGGGAGAUUUUGAAGAUAGUGAUGGGGCUGGAGAUAAUGGUGAUGCUGAUGGUGAUGCUGAUGGGAGCUUCGGUGAUGAUUUUGAUAAGAUUGAAAAUUCUGAUGUUGAAGAUGAGAAGAAGACUACAUCAGGAUAUAAAGCUUAGAAUUGCUGUCAGAGGAAACACAUUGGAGUAAAAGUCUGAACACAUUGCUGCCAUGGGGAGGAAAGACUACAGAAGGGAUAGCAGAAGCAGUUGCUGGUUCACAAAAUAUGAUUUGGUGGGAUUCUGGUACUAUGGUAGUGUGGUGUAUGUUUGCAUUAUGCAAGAGAUAUGAUUUGAUAUUUGUUCAUUUAUUAAACGCUAUAAACAAUUGCAGAGGUUUUGAUACCUGUUUGCCAGGGGAAUGAGGGGAGGCUAGAACACCAUUAUUUGCCGUGUACAGAGAAGCUCAUUCUAUUAAUCAAAUUGCUCUUGUUAAAGCUUCUUAAUCUUGAAUUUUGUUCAUACCAUGUCUAAACUUCAGAAAAUUUCACUCUCUUUUGGUAGACACAUCAAACAAAUGCUGAAUUCAAAACUUUUUCUUUUUGGGGUGAGGAGAGGCCCUGAUUAAUUUGAGCAUUCUUCCAACUCAGGAAAGAUCUGUAGUUAGAACGAAUUUAUUAUUCACCGAAUUUAAUCAAACUUCAAGUUCAAGACCAACAUUUAAAAAAAAA